AUGUCCGGCGGCCAGCAUCGCAUCAACCCGCAUCAAAAUCAGCAUGUUCAACAACCACUCCUUGACCCCGCUGCGUCGUUGCACCGCAUGUAUCACCAGCAAAACGCUGUGUCCUUGAACGGCGGCUCGCCUGCCAUCAUGGACGGAUCGUCAUACCCGGAAUUUGCCUUUCCUUUCGGCAACUUGUCAGAGGAGGGCCAGAUGAUGGGCAUGUCGGAAGUUGGCUUUGGAAAUCAGCAGAGCACAGAUUUCUCACAUCACCAGAGGCUAAGUAGCACCGGGCCGCCCGUCGUGCACGCCAUGUCAGCCGUGUCCGGCAUACCCGGGGCAAACUUUGUCCCCGAGCAAAUUGAUCAAAGGACAGGUUUGGAUGCGACGGAGGAUGGGAUACGUGACCGAAAUUCGCCAAUCGAUCAUUCUUUCGACGAUGCUGGCACUGAUGAAUUUGGCUUACCAGGGAACCACCGAGCUGAUGGUACAGACCUGGGUGGCAAGAACAAGGACGAUAAAACUGGACACCCGCCAGCCUGGAGUGAGCUGAAGACGAAGGCUGGGAAGGAUCGUAAGCGUCUUCCUCUCGCGUGUAUUGCCUGUCGACGCAAGAAGAUCCGAUGUUCUGGAGAAAAGCCUGCUUGCAAGCAUUGCCUAAGGUCACGCAUUCCCUGCGUGUAUAAAGUCACAACUCGAAAAGCCGCACCACGGACCGAUUACAUGGCAAUGUUGGAUAAGCGAUUGAAGCGUAUGGAAGACCGAAUUAUCAAAAUUAUCCCCAAACCAGAUCAAGACACCACCUCAUCCAUUACUCGGGCUACAGUCAAACCAUCAAUUCCUGGGGCAAAUCAAGGAAACAAGCCAGCUUGCAAAAAGCGUGGCGCUGAUGAAGCAUUUGGUACCGACUUGGAAGCGUGGGCAAAGGGACCGUCAAAGAUCAGGGGCGGCGAAGGGGCUGAUCACGCCUCACCAUCUAAAGAAGACGUUGAGUCCGAUGAGAACUUGUUGUUUCAGGAGGGUGCCGAUGCGCUUCCGCCGAAGGAGAUCCAAGAACAUCUUGCGGAGGUGUUUUUUGACAAUGUGUAUGGGCAAGCAUAUCACCUGCUUCACAAACCAAGCUACAUGCGCAAGUUAAAAAACAACACGCUACCUCCGGUCCUAAUUCUCUCUGUCUGUGCAGUUGCUGCACGUUUCGCGCCGCAGUCGAAUACUGGAUCAUCGACACGGCCAUUCCUUCGUGGUGAGGAGUGGGCCUCAUGUGCCCGAGAUAUCUGCACAAGGCGGUACGAGUGGCCAAACAUGACUGUCCUGACUUGCCUCCUUAUCCUAGGGUUACAUGAGUUCGGAACCUGCCAUGGUGGGCGAAGCUGGGCAUUGGGUGGUCAAGCAAUUCGCAUGGCAUUCGCCCUUCAACUCCACAAAGAUUUAGAAUACGACCCAUCCAGACGAGGCAGUAAAACUCCACUCAGUUUUGUUGACCGUGAAAUCAGGCGGCGCAUCAUGUGGGCAUGCUUCUUGAUGGAUCGGUUUAACUCCUCCGGCUCUGAUCGGCCAAUGUUCAUCAAGGAAGAAUCCAUCAGAAUUCAACUACCCGUUAAGGAAAGCUACUUUCAGCUAGAUAUGCCGGCGAAAACAGAGUCUCUUGACGGGUCCUCGCCUUUGUCUGGCUCUCCAGAUGGCGACGACAGGACCCUGGCUAGGGAUAACAUGGGCGUCGCGGCGUAUACAGUUCGUGCUAUUGCCAUUUGGGGCCGAAUCGUUGCAUAUUUCCAUCAAGGUGGGAAAGAGAUGGACCCAUAUCCUCUGUGGAGUGAGGGAUCAGAUUACACGAGUCUGGUACAGCAAGUAGACGACCUACUCCUUUCCCUACCAGAUUCGCUACAGUACUCUACAAGCAACUUGAACUUGCAUACGACUGAGAAAACCGCCAGCCAGUUUCUACUGAUGCAUCUAUCAAUCCAGCAAAACAUGCUAUUCUUGCAGAAGGCGGCUAUUGCAUGGGCAAGCAGCACAGGCAGCAAGGACGCACCACCAGAAUUUCUGCCACAAGCAAGUGCCAAGACGGUGAUCGCAGCCAACCAUAUCUCCGAGAUAUUGCGAGAUGCAGAACUAGCUAAAUGUAGUGUGACAGCUCCAUUCGCAGGCUACUGUGCUUUUUCUGCAACGAAUAUACACAUUCUCGGGAUAUUCUCAAGCAAUGCAACGGUCAAGUCGACUGCUGAGAUGAAUGCAGGUAUCAACAUCAAAUUUUUACGGAAGACGAUGCGAUAUUGGGGUAUGUUCCACUGGAUGGUGGAAAACAUCCGGACGCAAUACAGAAAUGCCUUGGAAGCAUUUCGGUCUGGCAAGGUCAGCACGCAAGGGUCCACUGCCUGGCCGGUGUUGCAGUAUUCGGACUGGUUCAACCGAUAUCCUCACGGGGUUAGCGAUUUCGACGUUGUAGAACCUACCUCGCAGCGAAGGAGAGAAAAGGGCGAAGAUGCAGUCUUGGAGCAGAAGCCAGAGCUGCAAUCGGUUGAAGAUUUUUUCACCAGCCUGGCCUCCCCAUCCAGUACAGAGGGUAGAGCAGCUUCUCAGGGCCCUGUCAAUAAGCGCAAGCAGGUCUCGAAGAAGGGUAGUGACGCCAGCGCCAACCGCCAAGACAGCAUCAAGUCCAACGAAGCGACCCUGGGAAAACACACUGGUGGCCCUCCGCGGAUUCAAACCCAAAUAUCUGGUUCACAACAACAACCCCCAACGUCGCUAGGGUGCCAGACGACUGGGCCGAGCUCAACAGCAUUCAGUCCAGUUGGCCUUUCUCAUGCUCAGGCACAAUCGUACACUGCCAUGUCUCCAAUGAGUCCCGUGCAGGUUUCGCCGUUUCCUCAUCAAAGCACCAGCCAGUCCCCGUUCUUUUCUUCGGACAUGCUUCAGAUGAAUAAUAUGGGGCAACAAACCCACGAUAUAUCACAGAACCUAGAUGGGCAACUAAGCGCUUUUGGGUAUUCGUUAUCCUCGUCCGGGCAGAAUAUGUUAGAUGGGAGCGCGCCGAAUUGGCAGGUCAAGGGUCAGCCCAAAAUGAUGAACUCGGAUCAGCGUGCUUUGAAGAUGAACAGUGGACAAGGACUGCCUCGGCAGUCACUCGACCAAGGCCAGAUUGGCGCUGACGGGCUCAGCGCAUUUAGCGGAAGCGACCUUCCCACGGGAUGGUUUAUGCCCUUUGUUGGCAUGGAACAACCCGAGUCACAAGAAACAAAUCUUUCUGGCCAUGGAGGUGUCGGCGGUAACACUGGCAUGGAUCCAUUCGGCUCCAUGUUUGGAACCAAUGGUAUGACGAUGAUGCCUAAUGCGAUGAAUGGCUUGCAACACACGCUGUAG